AUGGCGCGAGGCGACCUGGUACUGGACCAACAGGUGGCACCAGCGCUGGUGGACUAUGCCGAGCCGUGGAGUGCCGGCCGGGUGCUGCGAAUACUUGCUACCAACAAGGCCCAGACCACGCUGUGCUAUUACGGUUGCUUCCUUGCUCUGGGUCUGGCCAUCGCCGCUCUGGGUCCCGCGCUGUUGGCCCUCGCAGAGAACACUGGCAGCUCGGUGGCGGAGAUGGGAUACGUGUUCACGGCGCGGUCAGUGGGUUAUCUGUUCGGUUCGAUGGUGGGUGGUCCUCUUUUCGACAGGCUCGACGGCAACAAACUGUUGGCUGUCGCUCUCGGCCUCACGGUCGUUGGAACGGCGCUCAUUCCGGUCGUGUCUGACAUCUGGCUGCUCGCCGCCCUGGUCACUCUGGUCGGCCUUGCGAUGGGCUUCCUCGAUACGGGAGGCAACGUCAGCAUCAUUAGACUUCACGGUGACAACGUCGGGCCCUACCUUCAAGCCAUGCAUUUCAGCUUCGGUUUCGGCGCCUUCGUGGCCCCGAUGGUCGUCGGAUGGGUGAUCGACGUUCACCAGGGCGAUCCGUCCUGGGCCUUCUGGGCGAUGAGCAUCGGCACGGCCGUGCUGCCGGUGUGGCUGCUCUUGCUCGGCAGUGCGCCAGCAAAGACGGAAGAGAAAGAGCUGAAGCGAGCCCUCGUGCCCCGAGAGAAGUACAUCGUCAUCGCGGCGGGUCUGUUCCUUCUCGUGGACGUGGGUGCCGAGGUGACGGCUGGUGGCUACCUCUACUCGUACGCCGUGCUGGAGAAUCUGGCCACGGAGACCUCCGCCGCAUUCCUCACCUCCGUGCUGUGGGGCGCACUCACCAUCGGGCGGCUCAUCUCGAUCCCCGCGUCGCUCUACUUCUCGGCGGCGCAGAUCUUGGCUGUGCUCAUGGUGGGCUGCGUGGGCAGCAACCUCCUCAUGGCAGUCUUCAGCAAUUCCUCCACUGUCCUCUGGCUUGGCGCAUUCCUGUACGGUCUUUCCAUCUCGUCGGCCUUCCCAACGGCCAUGCACCUGGCCGAGGGCUACGUCCCGCUCACCGGGAGUAUCACAAGUGUGAUGGUUGUGGGGGCAUCGCUCGGGGAGAUGUUGAUUCCGCUGACGGUGGCCAACGUCUCGUUCAACUGGUACAGCCCGGUGACGUUCCUCUACAUCCUUCUGGCCUGCUCGGUGGCGGGCCUCCUCAUCUACGUAUCGAUGCUGGUCGUCGGCGGGCCCAUCAAGAAGGACCCCAACCACCGCAGCCACUCGGACAUCGUCGUCGAAGAGGAAGACGAUGAAGAGUUCAUCGGCGGAGGCGGCGAGGCCUGGAUGUCGCUCGCCAGCCAACACCACCAAGACGGCGCCUAUGGCACCUUCACCAACAAGGACAGAUCGGCUUGA